GACAUGAGGUAAUUUAGUUUCCGUCACUGCGUAGUCAGUACCUUUCAGCCGCGGGAUUUGUUGCUGAAUUCAACCUGUGGCAACUUUGAUCGCAGCUCAAGUUGCUAGUGAACAAACGAAGGAGCUUCAGUCAUUUCGUCGUACCUGCCCUCGUAGGAACUUACAUACACCAUUCAGAAAUCAACACCUUGAUUCUGCCUUGAAACAGCUGACUAAAAUGACCAGUACCGCGAGUGGCCACGAGGUAGUACCUCUAGAGGGGGAUGAACUUCGCCGUCAGGAGAAGGACUUCACAGGCUAUGCUGAUCUGGGUAUGGUUCGUUUCAACCCUGGUAGAUGUCUUUUCAUGGAACCUUUUACAAAGUUUGCCGAUAAAAUAUAUAAAUUUCCAGUUAAAUCCAGCGACGUGUAUGUUGUGACAUGGCCAAAGUGUGGCACUACGUGGUGCCAGGAGAUUGUCUGGACUAUGAGGAACAACCCAAACCUAGACAACCAGAUGGCCAAGAUGCCGGUUAAUGGCAGAGUUCCUUUCCUUGAAUUUGACAUGCUUCUAAAAAGCAAGUUACUGAAACCCCCAGCACCAGACAAUCCCAUGAUGCAAGGCUUCCAGAAGAUGUGCCCAGGGAAGGAUCCUUCUGAUGGAGUGUUCUUUCAGAUGAGUGAAGCCUUGCCUGACCCUAGAACCAUCAAGUCCCACUUACCUUUGUCGCUGCUUCCUCCAGAUAUGUUGAAGACCUCAAAGGUAGUGUACGUGGCACGAAAUCCUAAAGAUGUGGUGGUGUCCUUCCACCAUCAUUCCCGAUUAUUUAAAGGCCACAAUUAUGUUGGGUCCUUUGAGGAUUUCGUUCAGUACUUCGUUGACGAUGACUUGCUGUAUGGACCCUACUGGCUUCAUCUAAAGGAAGCAUGGGAAAGGAGAGAAGAAUCAAAUCUGCAUUUCAUCUUCUAUGAAGAUCUGAAGUCAAACAACAUUGAAGAACUUAAAAAGCUUAACAGAUUUCUUGAAACAAAACUUACUGAUACACAAUUGGAAAAGAUUUCUAACUAUACCAGUUUCAACGAGAUGAAAUCUCGAGACCUUGUCCCUGGGGACUCUGCAUCUGAUUACAUGAAUGUAGAAGUGAUUCACAAAGAUGGGGGAUUUUUCAGAAAAGGAACAGUUGGUGACUGGAAAGGAAAAUAUACUCCAGAACUGGAAGUCAAAAUUGACAAUUGGAUUAAGAAAAAUCUGCAAGGUUUUGGUAUAAAUUUUAAAUAUAGUACUGCUUAAAGUAUUGUCUCAUACACUUAUUAAUCACAUAAGCUGUUUUUAGUCUUAAUUAACCGUAAUACCAUUGCAUUGCUGAAUGGAUUAUAAGCUACUAAUUGCUGGAAAUUAUUGAAAUGUAUAAGAAAAUUUUAUCAUUAGAAAAUAUUAUCAUUUAUUUUACAAUUAGUACCUGUUUUCAUAAGGAAACGUGAUCACUUCUAAUUUAUUCUUGUUAAACAGCAUCUUGUCCUUUGGUUCAUAUUUGCUUUCAAAUUCAUUUGCGAUUCUGAAUUGCAUACAGUACACUUUGGAAUACAUUAUUUUUUCCUUGAAAUAGUAAAAAAGAAAGUACGUACUAUAAUAAUUCACAUUAGGGGCACAUAUACCAGGCUCAAGGGGUGCAGUUUUGGAUGUAUGAUGGAAUUGAAUAAAGCAGAUAUUUAAACAAAGACUGUUUUAUCCUUUUGCACCAUGAAAGAAAGCCAUAUAUCAAAUGAUUGAUUAACUGAUUAUGAAAUUUUGGUCUUGAAGACCAAGUGCCAUAUAUCAAGUGUGUUCAGUUGUUUUUACUGGCUUUCAUAAACUUCAUUUUGAACUGCUAACAAAGAGAAGUGUAUAGGAAGCACAGAUAAGUUCCCAGUCAUUAGAACUAGUUAUUCAUCUCAUUCUUAAAUGUUUGAUCUUUGAACUUUCAACAGUUACCUUUAUUCCUCAUGAAUGUUUGAAACAGUGCCUUUUAUUAAACAAUUUACAGUAUUAGGUAGACAAGCUUAUAUAAUCUAUCAUCAAUGUGCUUGUCCCAUAGAUAUUCCAUUGCCUUUUUCAUACGUCAUAAUGAGCAGAAAAACUAUUCUGUAUUACGGACACUUAUUUUUUAUUUUCUUAUCCAAUUAAUUUCUUCUUACUCUCCUAAUGAAGCAAAUGUUCCAAAACUUUUCAUAAAUUCUUUUGUCCAAAAAUAUUUUCCUGCCAUUUCAAACAACAUUGUUUGUUUGGUAGUAUUACUCUAAAUGAAAAAUUUACUGUCAGUAUAUUUUGAAGAAUUCUUCUACUAGAGAAAACACUGAAAUGAUCUUUGAAUAAGUUUUUACUUAUGGUACUAUGAUAUACAUUAAAUUAUCAUAAAAAAUUAAACUAUCAACUGUAGUUAUAGUAAUUCUAAAGUAUGUAUACUGGACUAAGAAACGUACGUACAGCACAGGUACAAUUUUCUAUGUGAAACAGCUUUCUCUCUCAAAAACAAAUUUUAUUUUAUUGCAUUGACCCUUUUUCGUGGUCCUCUUCAGGGUGAUCUGAUCCUGGAGCACUGAACACUGAAGACCUCCUCAUACGAAAGUCUGGGGUAAUAUCGAGACCAGAUGAAGUUGAUGGAAUUUCACUAUCUUGAAAAAACACUGUUACUAAGCUUCCUCUCUAUAACUCUAGUAUGCACAGUUUGAAAUAUUUAAGUAUAUUUUUGUGAUGUCCAGUUUGUUGAUUUUUCUUUGGGUUUGUUUUCUUGGUCUUACUCUAUGAAGGAAUUACUAAUAUUUUCCCUUUCCUCAUCUAUUAGAACUCCUUUAUGGCCUUCAACAUAUUUUUCUACUUCAUAAAUCAUAUUAAUAAAUUAUCCUCCACACACUUCUUAUGCUACUCUAAGAAUAACUAAGUCCUUGUGAUUGUGAAUUAUUUCCAGCAUUGUUUUACAGUAUAUGAAGAUCAGAUUCUAUGUCAAUAGUUAUUUAAAUGGAAUCUUACAUCAGGCCAAUGCUGUGAGAUACAAUGCUCUAAUGUAUCUCUGUUGAAGAUGUAUAAGCUUUUCAGUGCUUUUAAGGAGAUAAAUAUUUGUUCAACAAGAAUACAAGCACUAUCAAUAUCUUUUCAGUGAUUUGAAGGACAUUUUCUUUUCCA